AUGUGUCUGUACCUUUAAGAAUUCUCCCGCCCAUGUCUGUGAACCCGGAAGGAGCAGGGCCUUUUCGCGCUAAAUUGAAACAACAGCGCAGUCCACGCGAGGAACGAGUCUCAUCUUAAAGACCUCUCACAGCCGGCGUCAGUCUCAAACAAGUGAAGCCAUGAUGGAGGAGACCAACAAGCUCAUCGGCACUGGCAAGAAGUACCUGGUGACGGGGAAGGUGGUGGAGGCAGUUAGCAUCCUGCAGGAGGCCUGCGGCAUGCUAGCUAAGACGUAUGGAGACACGGCAGAUGAAUGUGGGGAGGCGUUCUACUGGUGUGGUAAAGCACUGCUGGAUUUGGCACGGAUGGAGAACAGUGUCCUGGGGAACGCUCUAGAAGGAGUGCCAGAGGAGGAGGAGGGAGACGAAGAAAAACCCAAAGACUCCAACAUUGAGAGCACAGAGAACCUCGAUGAAAAGACCAGAGACGAGCUGAGGGUUCAGGUGUAUGACGCCAUGGCGGAGAAGAAAACUGAAGACUCACAGAAGGAUGAUUGGAAGCAGAGCGAGGCGACAGAGGAGAGCAAGACUGAAGGGUCUGAGGCUACUGGUGAUCAACAGAAACCAGAGCAGGUAGAGGAGAACGAGAAAGACAGGGAGUCUGAAACUGAAAAGAACGAAGACGAAACAAAGACUGAAGAGGAGCCACCUGUUGAGAAAAAGGAGGAAUCUGCUGAAAAAAAAGAACCGACUGCUGAUCAGAAAGAAUCUGCAGACAAGCCAGAAGAAGCAGGAGAUGAUGAAGCAGAUGAGGAAGACGAGGGUGAUGAAGAAAUGGAGGCUGAAGCAGAAGAGCAGGCUGAAGGGGAGGCCACUGCUGACAAGGACAGUGAGGAUGAGGAGGUGGGGAACCUGCAGCUGGCCUGGGAGAUGUUGGAAGUUGCUAAAGUGAUCUACAAAAGGAAAGAGACGAAGGAGGACCAGCUGAUGGCAGCCCAGACGCACCUGAAGCUGGGAGAGGUUUCUGCUGAGUCAGGAAACUACACACAAGCACUGGAGGAUUUCCAGGAGUGUCUGAAACUCCAGCUGAAACACCUGGACUCAGACAGCCGUCUGCUUGCUGAGACCCACUACCAGCUGGGCGUGACCUACAGCCUGAACUUUCAGUACGCCGAGGCCAUCGAGGCUCUGAAUCACUCCACCGCUGUCAUCAAGAGCAGGCUGGAGAAACUGCAGGAGAUGAUUGACAAAGCUGAGGGCCCAGAAGCUCUGCCAGAUGAGAGGAAGGAGCUGGAGGAGCUGAAGGCUCUGCUUCCAGAGAUCCUGGAGAAGGUGGAGGACGCCACUGAAGGAAUGAAGACCAACGCUGAGACUGCUCAGGAUGGAGCCUCCAGUUCUUCUGCAUUGCCUGGUUCUGCUGUAAACAAAGCUGACUCUUCAUCCAGUGCAGCAUUCAAAAGCACCAACAGUACCAGUGAACAGGCCUCCACAGUUCCAGUGUCUGAUAUCUCCCAUCUGGUCAGAAAAAAGAGGAAACCAGAGGAAAGUCCAGUAAAGGAAGCUGAUGUGAAGAGGGUGAAGCAGGAUGACAGUCAUGUUGACGACGUGCAGGAGCCCAACACCAAAGGGAUUCAUAAAGCUAACGGAGAUUCAGUUGAACAAGCUGAAAGCAUGGAGGUGGCAAAGUAAAGUCUUCAGAUUCCAGCACAAGACGUGUCUUUAAGCUUCAUUCCACUUUCACUGAGGCUCAGUGUCUAGAGUAGUAAGUUCACCCAUUUCAGAGGAUACCAUUUCCAAAACAGACAGUUCACAACUACAGUGUUCAGGGUUGGCUGCAUGAAGACCAUGUCAGCAGGUCCUGGAGCCUCCUCGCUUGUGGUGUUCUAGUCAGUGAAGCUGAACUGGUUCAUAGUUUCUUGGACAGCUCACACCCUGUUGCUGCUGUUGUAAAUAUCUUUUCUAAACCUUUUCGUAACCUUGUAAAAUAAAGACUGUUGGAUGAA